UAUCAUGUCAACUGUCAUUUUUGUUCCCACCAUGAAAAAAAUUCAAAUCUACCAAGAUAUUCUUGUAAACUCUUACUCAAGAAGAUUACUACUUGAUCAAUCACCAAGUCCAGCACCUUCCCUAUAUGCAGAUGAUGACAACUUUGAUGCAAAUGUUGUUAUGGUCCUAUCAGUCCUCUUGUGUGCGCUUGUUUGCUCGCUUGGACUCAACUCUUUAGUAAGAUGUGCCUUGAGGUGCUCCAGUUUAGCACCAUCCGAAGCACGUGACAACCGAGCAGCAGCUCGCUUGAGCAACACAGGAGUCAAACGAAAAGCCUUGAAGAGUUUCCAGAUAGUAAGUUACUCUGCUGAUCUGAAUCUACCUGGCCUAGAUACAGAGUGUGCCAUAUGUCUCUCAGAGUUUGUAUCCGAAGAGCGUGUGAAGCUGCUUCCGACAUGCCAUCACGGAUUCCAUGUCCGGUGUAUAGACAAGUGGCUCAGUUCACACUCUUCCUGUCCGACCUGCAGGCACUGCCUCAUCGAGACCUGUGAAAAGAUCGCUGACUGUAGCCAAACAAGCUCGUUAAACCCUAGUCAACCACCGCAAGACAGCAUCAUCGUACAAAUAGCACCACUACAACCAGAAAGAUGGAUAGGCUGUUUUAGGUGACCUUAACUAGUCGCCUAGAUAUAGUAGUAGUAUGCUUAAAAGCCGAUUAAACUACUAGUAUGUAUACCAAGAUCACAAGCAGUCUAUAUUUCGAAACAAGUGUAGCGUUUUCACUGUUAAAUUGUAAAUAUUACGGAAAAUGUUACUUUCUUGGUA